UUUUGUCUCAUCGGACGAGUGUCGCUGAAACACCAUCGACACUCACCAUAAUUCUCGCCAGGAUAUGGGAACAUGGAUUAAUGUUUGAGAAGUUGCUAUCUGAAACAAACAAAUGUUUUAAAAGUGGUGGUAACGAGGGCAUUCAUUCAGAGUUUAAGUGUUUUAACGAAUUGUGGCUUUUGAUCGUAAGCAUUCGCUAGCUUAAGGUUGCUAACAGCUGGGGGAAGCUGUCAACACACAAGAAGAGAAACAUCGGAACGACGAGACAUACGGCGGCUAGCUUGUUCUGACAUGAGUCACUAAUGCAGAGUGGACUGUCGAUUAAGAAGUUGCGAGGACAUCUGUGAAAAUCCUUGAGAUGGAGCUGGCUCACAGUCUCUUGCUCAACGAGGAAGCGUUGGCGCAGAUCACUGAGGCAAAGAGGCCUGUCUUCAUCUUCGAAUGGCUCCGUUUCUUGGAUAAGGUUGUUGUAGCCGCAAAUAAGGUGGAUGUAAAGGAGAAGCAGAAAAAGCUUGUUGAACAACUGACAGGACUGAUCAGCAGUGCUCCUGGUCCUCCAACAAGAAAGCUCCUUGCCAAAAACCUUGCCACACUCUACAGCAUUGGCGACACAUUCACGGUUUUCCAGACUCUGGAUAAAUGCAACGAUAUCAUAAAAAGCAAAGACGACACACCUGCAUACUUGCCAACAAAACUUGCUGCGGUGGCAUGUGUUGGUGCUUUUUAUGAGAAGAUGGGAAGGAUGCUUGGAAGCUCCUUUCCAGACACCAUCAAUAAUCUUUUAAAGGCAUUAAAAAGUGCAGAGUCCCAAGGCAGAGGAGAAAUACUCAUCAGUUUGCAGAAGGUGCUCAACGGACUAGGUGGCGCUGCAGCUUCAUGUCACAGAGACAUCUACAAGAAUGCCCGCUCUUUACUCACAGACAGGUCAAUGGCUGUGCGCUGUGCUGUGGCAAAGUGUUUGUUAGAGCUGCAGAAUGAGGCAGUAUUCAUGUGGACGACAGAACUGGAGAACAUGGCCACGCUGUGUUUCAAGGCCCUGGAGGGUUCCAACUACGGGGUUCGGGUUUCUGUGGCCAAGCUCCUCGGGACCGUCAUGGCUACGGCUCUUAUGCCUAAACAAGCUGCUGUGAUGCGUCAGAAUGUAAAACGGGCGACGCUUGAGGAAGUUUUGGAGUUAUUGGCGACAGGUUUUCUGCGUGGUGGAUCUGGUUUCUUGAAGAGUGGAGGGGAAAUGUUGAAGGGAGGCGGUUCUGUCAGCAGAGAAGUCCGCGUGGGUGUCACACAGGCUUAUGUUGUGUUUGUGACUACGCUUGGUGGUCAGUGGCUGGAGCGCAAUUUUGCCACCUUUCUCUCCCAUGUUUUGGACCUCGUGUCCCAUCCUCGGGCUACACAGACACAUGUUGAAGCUGUCUACUCGCGGCGCUGUGUCUCCUUUAUGCUACGUGCCACUCUGGGCGGCUUACUUGGUGAGAAGGCGCAGAUAGCAGCCGGCAAAGAAAUCUGCCAAGCCAUCAGCAAGCAAAUGAGGGCUGUGGAGGCAGUUGUCAAUGACCUCAAUGGGGAAAACAAGACUGGUGCUGCUGAUGUUUCGGCCAGCCAGCAUGUUAUGGUUUGUGCCCUAAAAGAGUUGGGCAGCCUUGUUCAAAGCUUGAGUGCCACAGCUUCGCCUCUCAUCCAGGAGCCUUCCAUUGGACUUCUUGAAACAGUAACCUCAGUGCUGCUACACCCGAGCAUGGCCGCUCGUUUGGCUGCUGCUUGGUGCCUGCGCUGUGUUGCUGUGGCACUGCCUUAUCAGUUAACGCCGCUGCUCGACCGCUGCGCUGAGAGAAUCAACAGUCUCAAGAGUUCACCAGAGGCUGUUAGUGGAUACAGCUUUGCGAUGGCAGCUCUUCUUGGAGGUGUACACCAGUCCCCUCUGGGAAUCCCGCACUCUAAGGGCAUGUUGGUGGUAAGCAUAGCUGAAGACCUCCUUCGGACAGCGGCUCAGAACAGUCGACUGUCUUUGCAGCGCACACAAGCUGGAUGGCUGCUGCUGGGCGCCCUCAUGACCUUGGGUCCGUCCCUGGUACGUUACCACCUUCCCAAAAUGCUGCUGCUGUGGAGGAAUGUGUUUCCUCGGUCCCAGAAGGAGCUGGAGGCAGAAAAGACAAGGGGAGACGCCUUUACUUGGCAGGUCACCCUCGAAGGCCGAGCUGGAGCACUAUGUGCUAUGCGUAGUUUUGUGGCACACUGUCCCGAGCUCCUGACAGAGGAUGUUAUUCGGAGGUUGAUGACACCCAUUGAAUGCGCUAUGACGAUGAUAUCGCAAGUCCCUGCCAUCAUCAAAGUUCACGGAGCACAUCUGAAAGCAAGUGCAGCAAUGGUGAGACUCAGGCUCUACGACAUCUUGGCUCUUUUGCCUCCUAAAACCUACGAAGGUACCUUCAAUGCCCUCCUCAGGGAGCUGGUGGCAGAAUUCACUUUGACUGACAACUCAUCCAACACCACCACUUCUUUGCUGCGGUCUCUCUGUCACUACGAUGACAGUGUGCUCAUGGGCUCGUGGCUGCAGGAAACCGACCACAAGUCUAUAGAAGACCAGCUGCAGCCGAACAGUGCAUCUGGCAGUGGCGCUUUGGAGCAUGAUCCCUCUUCCAUUUACCUGCGAGUGCCUGUCGGUGAAGCCAUCCCAGGUCCUCUUCCUUUGGGAGUAUCAGUCAUUGAUGCCUCUGUGGCUCUUUUUGGUGUAGUUUUCCCUCACGUGUCUUUCAAACACAGGUUGCAGAUGCUAGACCACUUUGCAGAAUGUAUCAAGCAGGCUAAAGGAGUUCGGCAGCAAGCCGUUCAGCUUAACAUCUUUACUGCUGUGCUGAGUGCCCUCAAGGGUUUGGCGGAGAACAAGAGUACUUUGGGCCCAGAGGAGGUCCGGAAGUCGGCCCUGGCGCUGGUGAUGGGGGCCCUGGACAAUCCCAAUCCAAUUUUGCGCUGCGCUGCUGGUGAGGCCCUCGGCAGGAUGGCGCAGGUAGUGGGAGAGGCUACUUUCAUUGCAAGAAUGGCACAGACCAGCUUUGACAAACUUAAGUCAGCACGUGACGUCGUGUCAAGGACGGGUCAUUCACUGGCUCUCGGAUGUCUUCAUCGAUAUGUUGGAGGAAUUGGCUCUGGUCAGCACUUAAAGACUAGCGUCAGUAUUCUGCUGGCGCUGGCUCAGGAUGGAUCCUCUCAUGAAGUCCAGACAUGGGCUCUGCACUCCUUGGCUCUCAUUGUAGACUCAAGUGGUCCUAUGUAUAGAGGCUACGUGGAACCCACCUUGUCCUUAGUCCUUACCUUGCUUCUCACUGUGCCCCCAUCACACACAGAGGUGCAUCAGUGUUUGGGGCGCUGCUUGGGAGCUCUCAUCACUACCGUUGGACCAGAAUUACAAGGGAACGGUGCCACCAUCUCCACCAUCCGCUCGUCUUGCCUGGUUGGCUGUGCAAUAAUGCAGGAUCACUCCGACUCGCUGGUGCAGGCAGCUGCCAUUUCGUGUUUGCAACAGCUGCACAUGUUUGCUCCUCGCCAUGUCAACCUUUCCAGCUUGGUGCCGUGUCUUUGUGUGCACUUAUGUAGCUCUCACCUGUUGCUGCGCCGCGCUGCUGUAGCCUGCUUGAGACAGCUUGCUCAGAGAGAGGCCUCCGAGGUCUGUGAGUAUGCCAUGAGCCUUGCAAAGAAGGCAGGUAAUGGCAAAGACACUGCAAUAAAUCUGAACAUCACUGAGACGGGUCUUGAGGGGGCACUAUUUGGUAUGCUGGAUCACGAAACAGACAGGAAGCUGUGUGCCGAUAUUCAUGACACGUUGGGUCACAUGCUGUCAUCACUUGCUGUGGAAAAGCUUUCUCAUUGGCUUAAACUAUGCAAGGAUGUCCUUGCAGCAACAACAGAUGUUGGAGGAGCAGUUACAUUUGAGGUGGAAAAAGAUGACGACUCUGAGAAAAAAGACGAGCUGGACGACGACAUCAUGUUUACAGCGUUAGGCGACGAUGACAAAUCGAAGCCAUCAGUGGCACCUCGCUGGGUGACGCGAGUGUUUGCUGCAGAUUGCUUGUGCCGCAUCAUCCUUCUGUGUGAGAAUGCAGACAAAGCACAUUUUGACCUGGCAACUGCCCGUUCCACACGAGCAAAAAACCCUAAAGGGGAACUGCUGGUGCUUCAUUUGUCUGACCUCAUCCGGAUGGCUUUCAUGGCUGCCACAGACCACAGUAACCAGUUGAGAAUGGCCGGUCUGCAGGCCCUGGAAGACAUCAUUAAGAAGUUUGCGCGUGUGCCCGAGCCUGAGUUCCCUGGGCAUGUUAUCUUGGAACAAUACCAGGCCAAUGUUGGAGCUGCACUGAGACCAGCUUUUUCACCUGAUACACCAUCUGACAUAACGGCUAAAGCAUGCCAGGUUUGUAGCACCUGGAUUGGUAGUGGUGUAGUAAGUGACCUCAAUGACCUGCGGCGAGUCCACAACCUUCUCGUCUCAUCAUUGGACAAAGUGCAAGCUGGGAAGGGUUCCUCCAGUCAACUGUACAGUGAGAGUGCCACCACCAUGGAGAAGCUGGCUGUACUCAAAGCAUGGGCGGAAGUUUAUGUGGUAGCGAUGAAGAUAAAGAAAGAGGCAGAAUCAGAGCCUGUCAAACCGGUUCGAAGCGGAGAUGAAGAUGAGGAUGAUCUGGGUGCAGAUGUGCUUCCACCUGACAGUCUCAUCACUUUAGUGCAGCCUGAACUGCCCUCGCUUAGCCGACUGUGGUUGGCCAUGCUCCGAGACUAUGCCCUGCUCACUCUGCCUGCAGAGUUUUCCAGCCAGCUGCCCCCUGAUGGUGGAGCAUUUUAUACUCCAGAGACGAUAGACACAGCAAGGCUCCAUUACCGCAACUCAUGGGCUCCUGUACUGCAUGCCGUGGCGUUGUGGCUAAGCAGCACUGGCUUUGGAGUUUGUGAAGAAAAAGAAAAGGUUUCUCCAGCAGUCUCCAGGGCUCCUGUCCUCAAUACAGGAGCCUCGCCGACUGUUAAGACCUUUGAAGAGGCGGUCAAAGACAGGAUGCACCUAAUGUUAGGUGUCAGUAUAGAGUUUCUUUGCUUUCCCCGACCCGAGGAACCUAUGGAGCAUGUCAUGUCCUGCCUGCUUGCCUUGUCCACUCUGCUUGAGUCUCCCUGUGCAAAGACCCACAUUGCAAAAGACCAACUGCUGGCAGUGGAGCUCCUCAAUGUACUUCACAGACUGUUGUUGACCCGCGACCCUCCUGCCAUCCAGCUCCAGGUUACCACUGUAGUACAGGAGACCAUAAGAGCUGCACUGGACCAUCUUCAGGAACAACAACAUAACAAAGGCAAAGAGGAGGAAGGCCAAAAAGAUUCUCAAGUCACCCUCGGGGAAGGGGGAGAAACGGGCGAGCUGGUCCCUGGCACCUCUCUGGUGUUUGCCGCAAUGGAGCUGUUGGUCUUCAUCCUGGUUCGCCACUUACCACAGCUCAAUACACGUGUGAAGGAGUCACCCAGCCAUGUGCCCAUCAGGCCUCAACGACUAUCUGAGGAGAGUGCACGGCUGGUGGCAAACACUGUUUCCAUUCUGGCAGAACUGCCCUCACUCUGCUCCCCAGCUGGAAGCAUGACCAUCCUACCCACUGUUCUCUUCCUAAUCACCGGUGUGCUGAGGGAAACUGCAGUUAAGACUGCUGACAACUCAGUGCCCACAUGUGCGUCUGCAGCCCUGCAGGGCAUCAAGACCAUCAUCACCUCCCCAUUAGCUCGAGUGGACAGUCUCCAGACACAGUGGACUGCCCUUGUGAGAAGCAGCCUGGCUUCUGUACUCGAGGACUCACAGCCAGAUGAGUCCAGACCUGAUUUGGAUGAGAUCAGUAUGCUGACAGCAAUUACACUCUUCCUAUUGUCGGCUAGUAGUGAACUUGUAGGAGUUACCGUUCUGCAAAAGGGCUGCGUGGACUGUUUCCGCAAUGCCCUCAACUCUUGUGAUCCUUGGGUUCAGGCACGGUGUUACCAGCUGCUCUUGUCAGUGUUUCAACAUCCCAGCCGUCACCUUUCUACCCCGUACAUUCACGCUCUGGCUCCACUCAUGGUGGAGAAACUGAAGGCAGUGGAGCGCAGUCGGCCAAAGACUGCCGCUGAGCUGCAGGCUGUGCAGGAGGGCAUCAGGGUCUUGGAGAAUCUUGUUGGCAUGGGUGAAGAGCAGAACCGAGUCCAGUUGGUGGCUCUUCUUGUUCCAACCCUUAUCUCAUACCUUUUGGAUGAAAAUGCACUUCCUUCUGCAUCCCAAGUCUCCAAAGGCUUGCAUGACUUUGCCCUUCAGAACUUAAUGCGCAUCGGCCCUCUAUAUCCAGCUGCCUUCAAGAUGGUCAUUGGUGCAGCACCCGAGCUUAAAACCCGUCUGGAGUCUGCUGUCCGGGCAAACCAAGCCAGCAACAAAGCUAAAGAUGCAGCACGCCAUGCUCAGCCAAUCGUCCAAGUUGCACCAACCAUCAAACUCAAAACUAGUUUCUUCUAAACCCACAAAUGUUCUCAUGGAUUUGUUUGCUUUGAUUUUUGUCAAAUGAAUGUCUGGAUCAAGUAAAAACAAACAAACAUUGUUUUUGUUUUAAAUCUCAUCUGACUUAAUCAAGAGACCCUUGCAAAGUCCUUAAAAUGUCUUUGAAUGUUCAAUGAAAAGAUUGUCCCUGUUGUACAUGUUGAUCACAACGAUAUAUUGUCUUCUGAUUUGACACAUAUUUGUGUUGUGACAUGUGGUACUUUUGCCACUAGUACCUUUCACCCCCCCUUCCCCAAACCCUCUUUCUUACUUUUACAUUACUCUACGCCUUUCAGUAAUAGUUUCCGUCACAUUUUAAUUGUGUUGAAUUGUAUUACAAGGCCGUGCUUUACUCAUAAUCAUACUGAGAACUGAUGCAUCAGGCGUUUUGAUUGUGUAAUUAUCUGAUUACACCGAAUGUGAAUUCUUAUCCCAUACAAAUCUUUAUAAUAAGCCUAUAUAAGAGCUUUGAUCAGAAUUAGCUGUCACACUUAAUUUGAAGAUUUGUUAACGCUCAUAGUAAAGAUCAGAGCUCAACAAUAUGG